AUGUUCAAGCAAUGGAGGGAGAAGUUCAUGGUGCUGACCCUAGAGGGCAGCCUGUGCGUCUGUCGCGAUGCGGAGACCCCUCCCGACCAGGUGGUGGCGCUUCUGUCCAACUGUGAAUCCAUCGCGGAGGGCCGAGAGAUCCUGGACCUGCCCAGGCUGCCAGCAGGGGGCAGGAGAGACUGCUGCUUCGCCCUCAUACUGCCGCAGAACAAGUAUCUGCUGCUACUGGCCGACAACCCUGAAGACUGCAGUCUGUGGUUGAAGCUGCUGAGGAAAGUGAGAGAGGGCAUGGCUUCACCUUUGACCCUUCAGAGGCAGCGCAGCAUCGCUCCCUGCAUCACCGACAGAGAUCCUCUCCCGGACACGCCCAGAAGCGAACCCGGGUCUCCGCGCACCGGAGAGAUGACCCCCCCACCCUCACGCAUGGCCAAUCGAGGCGGGUCCUUCAGAGACAGGGAUCAGACCACAGGAGCCUCCACGCACCGACGGUCGUUGCGCAGCGUGUCGGCCGCGCCGCCCCACCGCGUGUCCGACUGCCUUCGCCACGGCAACAGCAGCGACGCCCGGGCCGUGCGGGCCGUGUGCCUCCUGAUGGGCGGGGCUGCGGCCUCCUCGGCGCUGGGCUACCUGAACACCUGCACCCCAACCUCGCCCCUGGCCACCCGGGCCCCUGCGAUGGUGCAAGUCUCCGGGGGCUUCGCCGAUCUCCCCGGCGGCGGCAGCCCCUUCCACGGCUGCAGCCAGGACGUGGACUCGCCGCACUUCAACAGCUUCGACUUCGAGGCCGACGCGGAUUUCGACACAUUCGACUGCGGGGGCUUUGCCUUUUGAUCCGGAGGGAAACCUAAAUAAGACACACACACGCGUGCAAAAAAAUACGACGACAGCGAAGAACAGAAAUGUUUGAGCACAAAAGAAAACGCUCGCGUGAUCACAAGCUGUGCACCGUGCACAUGUUCGUUUAACUGAGGUUAAUUAAUUAUGCGUUAUCUCCACUAAUAAUUUAUUCAUUAAUCAGUUGUCGUGCACAGCGACGAGGUCAAUGAUUCAUGAUCUUGGCUGGUUCCGAAUGUUUUUAGUGGGACACGCACUCCCUUUUCUGGAUCACCAGGAGCGGCCACAGAUCAUAAAACCUGGCUGGCUUAAUUUGAUGGUCCAUUCAACUGAGAGAGUUUUUGGCAUCGCUGCACAGUGCAAUCUUGCAUACAUGUGAUCAUCGUGCUGGUCUAUGUAGGCUACUAGAUUGCCUUUGUGCUCAGUGGGAUGAGAUCAGAUAUGGAGUUGGGGUUGGAGAGGGCCCAAGGGGUCAAAGAUCAGUGGGAAAUUACUAUAUAUAUAUAUGGAGUAAACAUUUGAUGUUGUUCAAUAUUCUUUCUGAUGUGCAGAAUCCAGAAAUGAGUACAGCUCUCUCAAACACAUAUAUCAAUUAUAUUAGUGUGUUAUUCAAUCUUUUGUCUGGUGCACAGUAUGCACUAGUCUGUGACUUGACUGUGUGUGCAUGCAUAAUGUGUGUGCAUGUGAGUGCAUUUGCGUGUGUGUAGAUAUUUACCAAGUUUAUAUUAGUGUGGUAUUCAAUACUUUGUCUGGGGUGCAGUGUGCCCUAUACUCUGCAUGUGUGUGCGUGUGAGUGCAUGCGUGCAUAUGUGUGUGGGUGUGUGUAGCUUUUUACCCAGUCACAAUUGGCCCCCAUUGCUUGGCGGUUCACCUGUUUCAUUUAAUGUCGCGCCUCCCCACCUCACAAACCAGGUCUAAGUUCACAUGGUAAAGUCCUAAAACCGGUAGUCACCAUGACUGUGCUGUCUACUUGCUGCAGUGGCACAGUGGGACAGCAUGACAGUAUUACAUGCAGUAGCACACUAAACGCAAUAGUACAUUCAGGAGUAGAGUUGUGCACAGACUAACAUUAGUAAACAAUGUAAUACCCAGUGGCAAUAGCAACCCUUAUUGUAAGUGGCUUUGGAUAAAAGCGUCUGCUAAAUGUAAAUGUAAACCUAACACAAUAGUUCACUCAGUAGUAUAGUGUACAGACUAACAUUAGUAAACCAUGUAAUACACAGUGGCAAUCGUAAACCUAACACAGUAGUACACUCAGAAGUAGAGUAGUGAGUGGAUUAACAUUAGCACAUAUGUAGGCAGUCACAAUAGUACACUUAACACAGAUUCGUUACCAUGACUGCUCCCAUCCUGCUGCGGUCGCACAGUGGGAUGGUAUACAAGCAGUAGUUCACUAAACGCAGUACACUCAGCCGUAGAGUAUAGUGUACAUACUGACAUUUGGUAACAGAGUAUUACACAGUACUACGUGGACGCUUUGGUACACACUGUCGCAGCAGUACACGUAGUUCAUACAGUAAUUUUAGAAAAAAGUUGUAUUUAUUGCGUGUGUGGGUGCUUGGCUUUGUGUGUUUAUGAGGGAAAAUUAUGAAUGAUGACUUUGGCAUGUGAUGCCCACAAAAAUGCCCCAAAAGAGCCUCAUCUCAUAAUCCACCAAUCCACCUCUGUCCUCCUUCUCUAAAACCUAAAUUAAACUAAAUGAUGAGUGUGACAAGUGUUCUCAUUUGUUUU